AGAAGCGCUAGGCUCCUGCUCGGCUUCGGGCUGGCUGCAGUCUCCUGAGUCUGACGGCGGCUGAAACUCUCGGCUCGUUCAAGAUGAGGCUUUUGCUACUUCUGGUGGCAGCGUCGGCCGUGGUCCAGAGCGAGGCCUCGGCUAACCUGGGCGGUGUGCCUAGUAAGAGAUUAAAGAUGCAGUAUGCCACGGGACCGCUGCUCAAGUUCCAGAUUUGUGUUUCCUGAGGUUAUAGGCGGGUGUUUGAGGAGUACAUGCGGGUUAUUAGCCAGAGGUACCCAGACAUCCGCAUUGAAGGAGAGAAUUACCUCCCUCAACCAAUAUAUAGACACAUAGCAUCUUUCCUGUCAGUCUUCAAACUAGUAUUAAUAGGCUUAAUAAUUGUUGGCAAGGAUCCUUUUGCUUUCUUUGGCAUGCAAGCUCCUAGCAUCUGGCAGUGGGGCCAAGAAAAUAAGGUCUAUGCAUGUAUGAUGGUUUUCUUCUUGAGCAGCAUGCUUGAGAAUCUGUGUAUGUCAACAGGUGCAUUUGAGAUAACUUUAAAUGAUGUACCUGUGUGGUCUAAGCUGGAAUCUGGUCACCUUCCAUCCAUGCAACAGCUUGUUCAAAUUCUUGACAAUGAAAUGAAGCUCAAUGUUCACAUGGAUUCACUCCCUCAUCAUCGAUCAUAGCCCCACCUAUCAGCACUGAGAACUCUUUUACAUUAAGGGAUUUUUGCAAGAGCAGCGUGACUGACAUUAUGAAGGCCUGUACUGAAGACAGCAAGCUGUUAGUACAGACCAGAUGCAUUUGGCAGGCUCGUUGUACCUCUUGGAAAACCUCAAUGCAAGACAGUUUUUCAGUGCUGUCUCAUUUUGGAAUUCUGCACAUCCGUGGAGUGCAAUAAUAAUAUUGUAUAGCAUUUUUUUUAAUUUAGCCAGUUAAUAAUUUUAAAAAUAUAAAUAAUACUUGCAACUUUUUCUCUUAGUCGUAUUUGAAAAAGUAGAAGAUUGAGUUAUUGUUUGAUUUUUUUCAAAGAUGUCUGUUAAAUCUGUUGUGAUUUUAUAUGAAUGUUUCUUUUUUAUAGUUUAAAACCUGUCUUUUUGGGAAUACAACUGAAGUUCCCAAAUACUUUAUAAGAGUUUAUCAGACAUCUCUAAUUUGGUCAUGCCCAAUUCAUAUAGUUUACAACAUAUUGCAGAUUGUGAACAGUGCACAGUGCAUUCUACAAGAUUAUGGAGGAAAAUCCUAUAUCCAGAGUGCUCUCCCAAUGUGCGUGUGUGUGUGUAUGUGUGUGUGUGAUUACAAGAGAACUACUAAAUGACCAUCGCUUUUUAAAUCCUUUCGUGUAGUUCAAGUGUCUUCCUUGACCCAUCUAAUGAAUUGAUUAACUGGGCCUUUAUACGUAACUAAAUAAAAAACUAAGGAGAUAUAAGUUAAAUUAAAAAGUUUCAAUUUAUUGUGCAGUGUACCUGUUAACAUAUUUAACUAUCGUCUGCCUAUAUUUUUGUUUUUGACUUACAGAUAAUUUGGUAAGGGACACACUUUAGAUUCACAUGCAAAUAAUAGGUUCAUUUACCAGUUUUAGAAUAAUUGAAACUUACCUCACUGAGGAUAAGUACAGUUGGACGUCUUUUACAACUUUGAUAUUAGGUGAAUGGAGAGCACUUAUCUGAUACUUUAACUUGUCUCACAUACCAAUUUCUAAAAAAGGCAGCUUUUUUAAAAGCUUAAAUUGAUAAAGACUGUAAGAGUAAUUUAGCUAAAAUAGGACCAUAACAUAGAAAAAUAGUCGUAACACUUCAGUAACCUAUAGGAAUAGAAGUGGUUAAGCCAAAAAUAGGUCUUGAUUUGUUAGGGGAAGCCAUGAGGUUUGAAGUGAAAUUAUGAGAUAGUUCAGCAUUGGGUCUACCUAACACUUCAGCAUAGCACCUUUAAAUUAGUUUGUCACUGAAUAUUUAUUGAGUAAAUGUCAUAUAAUGAUCCUGAUUGUGACAGCUUGAAGAUUAAACAUACCAUAUUCUCUAGCUAACAGGAAGUUAGUCUGAUAAUUCACUGUAGGAAGUUGAUUAAAUGGAUCAUCCUUUUAAUUAAGAUACAAAAUUUUUAACCUAAAUUUUUCUUAUAAUGGAAAGAGUCAAUACAAUUCAAGCUAAAAGUUCUUUAGAGAUUAUUAGCAAGAUGUCAUAACAUUUUGUUAUCUUUGACUAAAAUCUUGUUGGUCUGUUUGUGUACAACACAUCCACACCACCCCCACACCCAUCUUCUUGAAUAUACUGCUGAAUUUGUCUAGGCAUCUUUCCUCAGCUGAUGGGCAUUUUACUUGUGUCUUAGUUAAGCUUGUGGCAUUUAGACUUUCACAAUUGAGGGCUUGGAUCUACCUUUCUCUGUGUUCACCUUUGGUUGAAUAACUUGUCUUUUGGAGAAUAACUUUAAAUGACUGAGAUGCUGAUUUAAUUCAGCUAUUUUGUUGAAACCCAUCUCAAUAUUGUUGUUUUAUGUUUGGCCAUAUUUAAAUCUAGAAUUUAUAGAGUCUAAUGAAAAAAUUAGUGGAAAGCAUGAAUAUAAAAAGGCAGAAUACUAUAAGGAAAAAGGAAAAGUAAAAAAAGAAUAUUUAAAAUAUAGCUUUAUUCAUAACAUUCUAAAACUUAGUUGUUUGUAAAUUGUUGUGGCUGUCAAGUUUGUAAAUAUCUAUGCAUUAUAUUAACUAGAAGACCAUAGAAUAUGAAAGCAGGUAGGCUAAAUGUUAUUGGGGUUUUCAUGUUUGUUGCCAUUAUGGAAGAAAUUAUUUGUUAGAUUAAUUAAAAAAUGUUGGCAAAACAAGGCUUCAUACUUUAGUAUGCAAGAUGUACAAAACACAUAUGCUUUCAGAAUAUAAGUACAUUAUUUACUUUUGGCACUAAUACUUAUUAAAUGACAGCAGAUCAGCCUCCACAACUGUUAAGGUAUAACAGGACCCAAAUGAAGCUUUUAUCUUUCUUUGAAUGUUAAUUGCUUUGGGACCUUGACUGUUUGCAAAUAUUUUAUCAUUUCAUAAUUUAAAAUUCAGAUUUUUAAAAAAUAGCAUACAGGAUUUUUACAUAUGAUUUGAUAUUUAAUACUAAAGCUUUUUAAAAAAAAUCUCUUGAGGAAAAUAAGUGAGGAAUUGUAAAGUUUGGGGACUUACCUCAACAUUUUGAAAGUAAACUUUUAUUAAGCUGAAGUGAAAGAACUCCCUACUUUGCUGAAUUAAUUCUGUACUAUUAUGCUUUAUUUGUUAACUUUAUUUAGGGAAUUUUCCCAGGAUAGGCAAUGUAACAGUUGGUCUCAUUAAAUACUAUGUUUACCUUCUAAUGGUUACUUAUCUCUCUUAGACCUUAUACUACCUCUCAAGCCUUAUUGUCCACUUGUGCUUCCAUGUUGGAACAGAACAACAACUUUGUGAUGUAUUCUGUGCUUUCUGGAGUGGAGCAGUUAGAAGCAUCUUAUUAUUGUCAAACUUGACAAACCUUGGCCUCUUGAAUUCCUGAGCAAUUCUCACACCCCAAAUCUGGAGGAAAAUAAAAUGAAUACUUUCCCUCUUUUUGCUGCUAACGACCAUUUAACAAAAUCUCAGAAGAAAGAACAAAGUUCAGAUAUUUAUAAUUUGACUGAGCCUUUUUCUUCAUGAUCCCUGGCUGCUUUACCCUGGGCUUCAGAAAAGCAAGCAGAUCUAAAUAUUCCCCACCCCACCCCCCACCCCUACCCUGACAGUUGUGUCCUGAAGAGAACAUGAACUGGUCUCAGAUACAGUUGGGAAGAGGGUUAAGUCAUCCGUUCCUAAGCAAUAUUAAUAGAAUGUCUGCCUGUGUUGAGCAUGAACAAAAUAAAAAAGAAACAACAUGGAAACCAUGCAAAAAUACUGUAGCAGUAGUUUUACAACUUUAGUGUGUAUAAGAAUCAUUGACAGAAAUUUGGGACACCAGCCCUAGAGAUUCAGAUUCUGUUGGUCUGAGAUGGGGCCCAGUAAUUUGCAUUUCAUACAAGCUGCCAGGUAAUGCAGAUGCUGUGGUCGGUGGUCCACACACUGAGUAGCUGUACUGCAAAGAUGAAUGCAAAAGACUGACUCAACCUAGAAGAAAAUGUAGCUGAGUAUUUCACACAAUUGCUCUAUGUUCACAUAAUGACUUAAUAACACAAAUUCAGCAAAAUGGGAACUCAAGAUCAAACAACAGGAUGAGAUGAGAAGAGUAUUUCUGAGAAAACAAAUAGAGGAGCUCAUUGUCCCACUUAAUCUUGUUUUAUCCAUGCAACAUAUUUGUUAUCCUUUCUUAUUGGUAUAUUGGGUUAACAUUUUAAAACUUCUUGGUUGACUGUGUUUUAAAAGGAAAUGUUAAAUUUUCCAAUAUAAUUUUAAACAAUCUGUUUCAAUUAUGAAUUGCCAGAUUGUCAGAGAGCAAAGCAGUCAACAUCAUGUUUGCAUUAUGCCUGUAUUUUAUAUUGAUAACUGAUCUUAAUUUUCAUGUAAAACAUAACAUUCUAUUUCAAUUUUUAUAGUUCCAAGUAGAGAGUUUAUUAUAUUAUUAUUGUUGUUAUUAUCUUUAUUGUUAUAAUAAUUAACCAUCUUAGAACUCUUUAAAUUGCCAUGGAAACUAAGUCUGAACUAGGUUCUUCAAAAGAAAAAAAAAAAGUAAGGUUAGCUUCAGGGAUUCAAGUGGGGUUAUCAGACCUGUCUCCAUCUAUGUAGACCUUAUUUUCUUUAUAAGCAUCCACCGUUAUUGGGAAGAGAAGAGCAGGGGUGGGAAGGAAGGGAGUAGAGCAUGACUACAGAUAGUUUGGGCUUCAAACAGCCCAGAUUAGCAACCUAGAAAAAAAGAGAAUAUGUUUUCCCCUACAAUCCAUUUAUAUAGUUCCAGAGAAAUACUCUGGUCUAACUUGGGUUAUAUGCUUCUCUUGGGGCCAGUUACUGAAGCCAAGGAAAUAGAAAAUUGAUCGUCUAGGCUUAGUUUACUUCUCUAACUCUAGGUGCUCACUAAUACCGCACGUGAGUUUCAUGUACUAGGAAAGAGGCAGUUUCUUCCUCAGAAACCAUGCUAAGCAAAUGAACAAUAUGCCUCAGAA